UUGCUAUCUUUAGAGACCUUUUGCUGCCUCCGUCUCCUCUUCUCUCUCCACGACUGGAAACCAAGUAUAGAGGAGAGAGAGAGAGAGAGAGAGAGAGAGAGAGAGAGGGAGGAGAUGUGGGGGCGGUCCGCUUCUUUCCUUCUCGACAAGCGCCUUCGCGACCAACACCCCUCCCUCUCCUCCCCUUCUUCCUCAUCUCCCGACUCCACCAUGGACCUCAACCCUAAUCCUAACCACGGGGUCUCCGCCUACUACCAGACGCGGGCGGAGCAUCACGCCAUCGUCAGCAGCGACUGGCUCGCCCAGGCCCAGGCCGCCGUCGAUCGCGAAGACGAUACCGCCCUGACGGAGAGGCCGCACGCCUCUGCCGCCGUCUCGCUCUCUGCCUCGAAACCCUUCAGCGUUAUCGACGAGUUCAACUACUGGCGGAAGAAGCCCGACCUCGCUGAAGCCGUCGCCGCCAUCAUGGCCCUUGCCGCCGUCAUCCGCUCCUGCGAGGCUACCACCAUGAUGGAGCUCGAGAUCGAGCUCAAGAAGGCCUCCGACACGCUAAAGUCUUGGGACACAACUUCUAUAUCAUUGUCAGCCGGUUGUGAUCUGUUCAUGCGAUAUGUAACCCGAACUUCUGCUGUGGAAUAUGAGGACUUCCAUGCUGCAAAGCUUCGGUUGAUUGAACGAGGGGAAAAAUUUGGAGAGAUCUCCAUGAAGGCACGCCGCACAAUUGCAAUGCUUGGACAGGAUUUUGUAUUUGAUGGUUGCACAAUUUUAGUUCAUGGUUUUUCAAGAGUAGUAUUGGAAGUUUUGAAGCUGGCAGCAUCAAAUAGAAAACUCUUCAGAAUCUUCUGCACAGAGGGCAGACCUGACAAGACAGGCCUUAGAUUAUCCAAAGAACUUGCAGCACUCGGUGUUCCUGUCAAGCUUCUAAUUGAUUCUGCAGUGGCUUAUGCAAUGGAUGAGGUUGACAUGGUAUUUGUUGGAGCUGAUGGGGUUGUUGAAAGCGGAGGUAUCAUCAACAUGAUGGGAACAUAUCAAACUGCAUUAGUCGCUCAUAGCAUGAACAAACCUGUUUAUGUAGCUGCUGAAAGUUACAAGUUUGCGCGCCUAUAUCCAUUGGACCAGAAGGACCUGGAACCUGCACUUCACCCGAUAGACUUUGGUGUUCCCAUCCCAUCAGGGGUUGAGGUUGAAACAUCUGCGAGGGAUUACACCCCACCUCAGUACCUCACGCUGCUUUUCACUGAUCUCGGUGUUCUUACACCUUCCGUUGUGAGUGAUGAGCUUAUUCAACUCUACCUCUAAACUAUGGAGCAAUUACUUACUGCUUGUGAGAUUGAUUACCUUAAGCAUAGUAUUUCAAGCUGCUGAAGAAAAGAGAGCAAAUCUAUGCAGUCAUCCCCUUGUUUUAUCAAACUACUUGUUCAUUAGGAAUGUCUCAUACCCCGCUAUAUGCUCAGGGUGUAAAAUCUAUGCAGUCAUCCCCUUGUUUUAUCGAACUACUUGUUCAUUAGGAUUGUAAUUUUAGAACUGCUAUAUGCUCUUCCCAAGUGAGGGGAGUAUCGUCUGAUUUUGUGGUUCAAUCAUUGAAUUGUUUUUAUUUCUGUUGAGAAACGUAGUGCAGUGGAUGAAAACUUUUCCAUCUUUUAUGAAAUAUCACGGAGGAAUGGAGUA